CAUCCCGUAAACCCUAAACCUCCAUAAACCCCUGAAAAUCAAAUCUCUAAAUCAAACUCCGAAUUUCUCGCUUCUCCCCAUUUCUCCAGCCAUGGGCUUCUUCGACCUGAGCGUACCCCACACCGACCUCCCGCCGCCGGACCGCUCAACCCGCGCAAAGCUCGUGACCAAGGCCCUCGAGCUCGGCUACUCCGGCGUCGCCUACAACCGUACGAUCAAGGGCGUCAUGUCCGAUCGCGACCGUUGCUCCAUCCCCCUCCUCAAACACUCUCCUCACCUCACCUCCUCCGUCGGCUUCCACCGCGACCUCCUCGGCGUCCCACGCGCCACCCCUUUCCGCCAGUACACGCGCCUCACCGUCUGCGCCGAAACCCCUGCCCAGGCUCAGGCCCUCAAUUCCGGCAACCCCAUUUUGAAGACCUACGAUCUGGUGGCUGUCAAGCCCAUGAACCAGUCCGCUUUCGAUCAGGCCUGUGAGAAAUUGGAGGUAGAUAUAAUCGCGAUUGAUUUUUCGGAGAAGUUACCAUUUCGAUUGAAGCAGCCUCUGGUUAAAGCUGCCAUUGAGCGGAAGGUGUAUUUUGAGAUCACAUAUGCAGGGCUUAUUGCCGAUGUUCAAACUAGAAGGCAAAUUAUAACCAAUGCUAAGUUAUUGGUAGAUUGGACUCGAGGAAGGAAUAUAAUUAUCUCUAGUGCUGCCCCAACUGCGAAUGAAUUUAGAGGGCCAUAUGAUGUUGCAAACUUAAUGUCAUUGCUCGGUCUCUCCAUGGAACAAGCUAAGGCGGCUAUUUCAAGAAAUUGUAGGACUCUUAUAUCUAAUGCAGUGAGAAAAAAACACUAUUAUAAGGAAGCCAUUAGAGUUGAAGAACUACCAUCAGGUCAAGAAAGUGAUGGGAACAAACCUUCGUCUAGUGACUCUUUUAAUUGGGAUCCCAUCUCUAGUGGUGAAGGUGAUUUGCUUUUAGAUGAUUUGGCAAAGGCUUUCAGUAACUCCAUUACUAAAGCAACCAAAAUGGUCAAAGCCAUUGAUUUUGCUUCGGUUAUUGACAGCAUGCCAUCACUUGGAUUUCAAGUUAACGAUCUUAUAUCUGGAACUAAUGUGGUUGUGUCACAACCAUUGGCUACUCAGAAAAACAUCGUUUCUGCUCCCCAGUUAAAUGUGCAAUCAGUUGCAACUGAUGGAGUACAAGAACAAUCUGUUUUAUGUGAUACUAUGUUGGAGCAGCAAAGGUUCAAAAGCGAAAAUCCUCAGAAAUUAUAUUCAUCUAGUGAUACUGCCAAAGCUGUUAACAAUGUUAUUCCAAUUGAAGAUCCUUCGAUAACCACUAGAGCAGAACCAAAUAGUCCAGAUGAAACAGAUGGGAUUGCCACAGAUAUUCAUGAUGUGCAAUCACAGAAGUCUGUGAUAGCAAAUGCUGUUAAUGAUGUUAUGGAAAUUGAAGUUCCUACAACCACUGGAGCAGAACCAAUGAAUUCAACUGAAUCAAUGGGGAUUACAAAAGAAAUUCAUGAUGUGCAAUCACUGAAGUCUGUGACUGCCAAAACUUUUAAAGAUGCUAUGGAAAUUGAAGCUCCUACGACCACUGGAGCGGAAACAAAGAAUCCGGAUGGAAUAGAUGGGGUUACUACAGAAAUUCUUAAUGUUCUAUCACAGAAGAGUAUGACUAAUUGCGAAUUGAAUGUUGUGCCAUCUCAGGUUAAUUUAACAUAUCAUGCAAUAGACAUUGGGUUGAGUGUUGCUUGUAAUCCUGAUUCUGAAGUUCAAGUUCCCACUAAUUAUCAGGACAGUGAUAUUCCCGGUCCUCAUAAUGAAGAGGCUGAUAGUAUUAAAAAUAAUGAUAUACAAAGUGAUUUAGUGGAUGAAGUUCUAACAGGUAAAGAAAAAAAAUCUUUGCCUCUGGAUUCAGCAUUGUAUAAAAGUAUUUCGGAAGUGGAUGAAUUGAAGGAACCUGGAGAUGAUGUAGUUGUACUUGCAAAUCAGGUUUCUGUUCUGGAUUCUAGUGAUGAGAUGACAGCAACUGAUGAUUAUUCAGUUGCAAAUCAUGAGACAGCAGAGGUAAUAAUGGAUGAGCAAGAACAUGGGAAAGCUGAUGUUGAAUUGAGCUAUCCAGCCUUGGUUCAGUCUGAAUCAGGGAAAUCCAAGGCAAAAAGGAAGAAACCUCAUCAGGUGACAUUUCUUCCUCUCAAGCGGUUGCUGCAUGCUACACCUUUUAAGAAGGCUCGGAAAAGUAAAAGGAGACAUAAGAUGGCAUAACUAUGCAAUGAUUUCCAAUAUUAAUAUUAUUGAUUGUUGAAGUAGGUGAGCAAAGUUUGUUUCAUAUUUAUCUUUCUUGAUUAUUUGGUAUCCAUUCACGUGUAAUGGAUGUAAAUUUGUCAUCGGCCCCAAGGGCCCUUACUGAUGGUCUAGUCUCAAAUUUUGAUCUUAAUAGCAAUUUUGUCCAUGAUUGUAUUCAA